CUCGUCUCUAGUGCAGACACUCGCCAGCAGUGUCGAAUGCACGACAACCACGAACGUACUACGAACGUGAAUUAACGGGACGUUUCGGAAUCGGCUUUAACGGGCGCGUAUUUUUUUUGGCGCCAGAAUUUUUCAGAUUCAGUCAUUUUUUGUGGCGCUAACAACGCGUUUUUUUUUUAGUUUUUUUUUGUGGAUUUUUGUUUAGUUUUAGUUUAGUUCGUUGUUUUUUUUUGUCCUACUGGGGUUUGGAUUUUUGCUGCGUAAAAUUCGUCAGGAAUUAUUGUUAAAUAUGAAUACUGGAAACAUUCAGUGGACCCUUAUCAUAAGCAUUAUAAGUCUUGGAAUGGCAUAUGGAAGUGGAAUGGCUCCACUUCCAGCAGGAAAAAGGCAACAGUGCGCCAAUGAAGGAGAGCCGGUCACAACAGGGUUUGAUGCUCAGAUUGUCGAUUGUUACCCGUGUAUAUGCAAGAAUGGGUACGUGGAAUGCAAAAACAACUGUCCGAGGAUUGACGAGUGCCAUUUAGUUGUUCAGGAUCGAUGCUGUAAGAUUUGUAAAGGAUGCAUUUACAAAGGCCUCUCAUAUCCAAGCCAUACAGAGUGGACGGACCCAAAUGAACCUUGUAAAAUCUUACGGUGUGAAGCUGGCGUAGUUACCAUUUCAGAUUUGCACUGUUAUACUCCCUGCAAGAACUCAAUACCACCUGAACCUGGAAAAUGUUGUCGUACUUGCCCAGAUUGUCAGAUAAAUGGCCAAGUGGUAGCAGAAGAUAGGGACGUAAUAUCUGAUGACGAUCCAUGCGUUAAAUGUAGAUGUAGCAACAAACGACUUACGUGCAUGAAAAAGGCUUGUCCAGUAUUGCAGUGUUCGAUUGACAAGCAGUUUAAACUACCAGGUGAAUGCUGCCCAAGAUGUAAAGGUACCCGUAGCAUUAUAAUGGUAGAACAUGCCUGUCCUAUUCAAACCUCCUUCUUUUGGGACGGCCAAAGCUGGAAACUGGACAAAUGUACCGAGUGUUCAUGCAUAAAUAGCACCUCGGUUUGCACAAGGGUGUCAUGUCCAAUUUUAGACUGUGCUCCGGAGCUACAAAAAUCCUUUCCUGGACAUUGCUGUCCCAUUUGCACCAAGCCUAGAGUCGAAGAGAUGAUAACUCACUGUGAACUAGACGGGCGAGUUUAUGAGGAUGGUAAUGUUUAUCAACUGGAUGUAUGCAGUUCUUGUAAGUGCCACAACGGAAAGUUUAGCUGUGCCAGAACGAAAUGUAACACUUGUGCUCCCAAUAUGAAAAUGCUGAGAAUACCCGGGGAAUGUUGUGCAAAAUGUGUGGAAAAUGAUGGAGCUUGUAUGGCGUUUGGGGAUCCUCACUACAAAACUUUUGAUGGUAUGAUUUACACAUUUAAAGGGAUUGGAAAGUAUCAGCUAAUUGAAGACGUCUACAACAAAAGUUUUUCCAUAAAAGUGGCUAAUUAUGAAUACGUAGCUCAUAAUUCUAAGGCCUCUACAAUAACCAAGAGGGUUGCAGUAAAUUUUGGAAAAAUUCGGCUCAAUUUGCAGCAAAGGCUAAGGGUAAAAUAUAACGGAAAUAAAGCUGCAAUACCUUUGGUGGAACCUGGAUACUUUAAUUUAACCAGAAAAGGAGAUCUUCUUGAAGUACGUCUACAAAAUGAUGUAACUAUAACUUGGAAUGGCAGAAGUUUUUUGGAGGUAACUGUGCCUCCAGUAUUUAAAGGAAAACUACGAGGUUUAUGUGGCAAUUUUAAUGGAGAUGUUCAAGAUGACUUUCAAACGAAAACUGGCAAAAUAGUCGGAGAUAAGGAUCUACUGAGCUUUGGGUCUUCUUGGUGUGUAGGUAAAAAAUCCGAAUGUGCUAAGAAAAUAAAGCCGGAAAAACAAAAAGGAGGAAGAGAUCCAACGGAGUGUAAAUAUCUUUUUAACGAAAGCUUCUCAGAGUGUGAAUCAAAGUUGAGCAACAGUAAAUAUUUUAAAGCAUGCAGGAUGGACAUGCACUCCUGUGCCCAUAAGAAAUGUUACUGCGAGAGUAUUAUGGCUUAUGCCAGGGAGUGUGAGAGGUUGGGGGUCAAGCUGCCCAAUUGGCAAAAGCACAGUAACUGCCUUACCCUUAAAGAGAGAAAGAACAAACGAAUAGAGCAACGACCAAGCCACCACCGAACCAAACCGCAUAAAUCGCUGGAUAUGUUGCGGUACUCGCAUGUAUCAAAACCAUCCUGGAAUCAGCUGUUGAACGUAUCUCAAAUUUCACAAAGAUCACGAAUCCUGAACCCGUUGCCCAUCCAGUAGGUGAUUGAAAUAAAAGGGUCUUUUUUAGACGGCUAGUCAUUUUCAGUAUUUUUCAAAUUUCGCCUGAGUAGAGAAAAAAGAAAGUCGCGCAAAUGUUAACGACAUUGUAAAUACGUUGUUGUAUUUUAUUUUGAAAAGUGGUUAAAAAAUGCCAAAAUAUGGAUGUGAAGAAUAUCUUGUUCAGUUCGUAUUUUGGUUUAUUUGUUUAUAUAAGUGUAUAAACUAGUUUGUUCAGAAAGUAUUAGCGAUUUUUUUCGUUGUUACAUCUUAAUCUUUACAUGACUUUUUGGGCAAUAGUAUAUUUUGUUUAAUUAGGAACUCAUAAUUUUAUUGAUUGACUUGAUAGGGGCUCUAGAACAUUCCAUAAAUUCUUGUGAAAAUAUCUUAUUGUUCAAAUUGCCAGAAAUAAAAUAGAUUUACCCAGUAGGUGAAAAUGUAAUCAUAUUACUCGGGAUGCAGUAUGUCCUAAAUAAUUACCUUAAAUAGCCAAAACAAAUAUAAAAUAAGAAAUCGUCAACUCACGUUUUUAGGAGGUAAGAUUAAAAAAAAAUUUCUUAUUGGAAAAACGGCUACAGUUAACCGAAUCUUCAAUUCUAGUUUGAAUAAUGAAUUUUUAGAAAACUAGUCGAAUUUAAAACGACAUUAGAAAAGUUAUAGCUGUUUUGAAAGAAAGAUUUUAAAUUUUAUAAUCUUGAUUUUUUUAAUUAAGUUUUAUAGCCAAAAUUAAUAAGGUAUAACAAAACCCAAAAAAAAAUAAUUUUUUUAUA